AUGUGGGCAUACCAGACUGCAUACAAGACACUGAUAGGGACUUCUCCUUAUCGAAUGGUGUUUGGGAAAGCUUGUCACCUACCAGCUGAAUUGGAGCAUAAAGCAUGUUGGGCAAUCAAGAAGCUAAAUCUGGAUGCUGAGUUAGCCGGUAGGAAAAGAAUAACACAGCUACAUGAGUUGGAAGAAUUUAGGCUCCACGCCUAUGAAAAUUCUAGGAUGUAUAAAGAGAAGACCAAGAGGUGGCAUGACAAGCAUAUUGUGUCGCGCACCUUUGAGCCUGGUCAACUAGUGCUGCUAUUCAAUUCAAGGUUGAAGUUGGUCCCCGGAAAGCUUCAAUCUAAGUGGAGUGGUCCUUUCGAAGUAGUGAGGAUGACCCAACAUGGUACAGUGGAGUUAAGAAACAAGGAUAAGAGCUGUACUUUCCUUGUGAAUCGUCAAAAGGUCAAGCACUAUUUCAGGAAUGAUGUGGAUUGUGAGCUUGAAGCACUCACAUUGAAUGAUGAAUGA